AUGAAGCUCCUCAAUGCCAAAACCCUCAAAAUCGAGGAAUUCUUCGGUUCCAAAAUCCCAAAAUAUGCCAUUCUAUCGCACAGAUGGGAGGAAGAAGAAGUCACCUACCAAGACCUUCUCGACGAAGAGGUCAGGUCGCAAAAGCGCGGCUGGGCCAAGAUCCGCAAGACGUGCGAGCUCGCACUUGUCCAAAGGCUUGAAUAUGUCUGGGUCGACACCUGCUGUAUCAAUAAACAGGACUUUAGCGAGUUGACUGAGGCGAUCAACUCCAUGUUCAACUGUGAGACCAUCAUGAUCGCCGCUCCUUGGGACAGGGUCCCUCCCCGCGACCAGCUCUUCGUGCUCGUCACCGGCGCAAACAGCGGCGUCGGCCUCGGAAUCUGCGAACGCCUCAUCGACGACUUCCUCUCCACACGCUCCCUAACCUCCCACCUGAUCCUCAUCCCGACAACCCGCUCCGUCCGCAAGUCCCGCGAAACAAUCUCCUCCCUCAAACUCCACCUCGACCGCACGGCGACGACAUCCACCUCCCUCCGCUCCCGCGCCGGGCCCGACUACCACCCCGACGACACCACCUCCCGCGUCCACCUCCUCUCCCUCCAGCUCGACCUCUGCGACCUCCCCUCCAUCUACGCCUGCGCCACCACCCUCGUCGCGGGCCACAUCACCGACCCGACCGACCCGAACGCGUACCCCCGCCGAAUCCCCCGCCUCGACAGCAUCAUCUUCAACGCCGGCUUCGGCGGCUGGACCGGCCUCGACUGGGCCGGCCUCUUCACCUCCCUCUUCACAAAGGGCCUCCUCCCCGUCCUCACGUGGCCCAGCUUCAAGCUCGCCCGACCCGGCGCCGUCCUGAACCAGCGACCCGUCCGCUCCGACCUGGUACCUAACGAAUCCCCCGAUAACCCCCUAGCCCACGCCUCCGCUUACGAUACCAAGCCUUCCAGCCCCGUCCUCGGGGAAGUCUUUUGCGCGAACGUCUUUGGCCACUAUGUUUUUGCACACGAGCUACUUCCCCUGUUGAGCAGAGCCUCGCCGGAUGAGACCCCGGGCAGGGUCGUCUGGACGAGCAGCAUCGAGCCGCUGGCCCGGCACUUCCGCCUGGAUGAUUUCCAGGGCGUCGAGACGGAGGGCCCGUACGAGAGCUCCAAGCGGCUCACGGACAUCCUGGCCCUGACCUCCCACCUCCCCAGCACGCAGCGCAUCUCCCAGAGCUACUUCACGCCCGAGGAGGAGGACACGGCGCGCAGACUCCCAGUUCGUCCCUCUUUCUACUUGACCCACCCCGGCGUCGUCGCGUCGAACCUCUUCCCCGUCCCCUUCCCCUUCAUCCUCUUCUGGGCUUACAAGUUCGCGCUCUACCUCGCCCGCUGGCUCGGCUCCCCCUGGCACCCCGUCACCUGGUACGGCGGCGCCGUCGCCCCCGUGUGGAUCACCCUGCAGGACGACGAGACGCUCAAGGAGCUGGACGCCGAGAAGAUCAAGUGGGGCAGCGCGGCCAGCGUCACGGGCCGCGCCGAGGUGAAGAAGACCGAGGUCGAGGGGUGGGGGUGGGAGGGCGCCGUCGAGGACCGGGAGAGCCUCGCGAGGGACCCGGCGACGGGUGUCCUGAGGAAAGCCGUGGGCCGGCACCCGGCGGCGAGGGACCUCACGCCGGACCAGCUCGUGGAGUUCGAGGAGCUGGGGUGCACAGUGUGGGCGGAGAUGGAGCGGCUGAGGAGGCAGUGGGAGGAGUUCCUCGACAUUCGCGGGGGCACGACGCACGUGAACGGCAAGGCAUGA